AAACUUGAGGGGCAAGACGGUCAAUCUGUAAGAAAUGAAAUAAAUAAAAGCCGAUGGUGUCUUUCUAAUCUUCUUCGCUCUCAUAGUGAGCUCCAACUGUGCGGAGAUCUGAAUUCAGGUAAAGAUGCUAGGUGGAAUUCAAAAGGUGUUGUCCCAUGGCAUUGUCCUCAAGAGUGCAGUUCUGCAACACAUCCGUCUGGUGAAUCCAGUAAUGCGCCCUCUUCUGUUUCCUCGCUAUGAAUCAGUUGCUCCUGCCCGCAUGGAAGAGCAUGGGUUUGAGAGCACCACCAUUGCCGAUGUCUUGAAAGCCAAAGGUAAAAAUGCAGAUGGCUCCUGGCUCUGGUGUACUACAGAUGACACUGUGUAUGAUGCUGUGAAGUCGAUGACACAACACAACGUUGGAGCCUUGGUUGUUGUGAAACCUGGGGAGCAGAGGUCAAUUGCUGGGAUUAUCACAGAGAGAGACUAUCUCAGAAAGAUCAUAGUACAGGGAAGAUCUUCCAAGUCAACUAAAGUUGGGGACAUCAUGACUGAAGAGAAUAAGCUUGUUACAGUCAAACCUGACACCAAGGUUCUGAAAGCGAUGCAACUGAUGACAGAUAAUCGUAUCAGGCACAUUCCAGUGAUUGAUGACGCAGGAAUGAUAGGCAUGGUAUCAAUUGGAGAUGUGGUUCGUGCAGUGGUAAGUGAACAUCGAGAAGAAUUGGACCGCUUGAAUGCUUAUAUACAUGGUGGCUACUAGAUGAUGAUGAAAAAUGAUGACAAUAAGCUGUUGAGGUGUGGGAUGGUAUUUCCUGUCAAAAAAAAAACCAACAGGCUUGAAUGUUUGUUAAUACUGUCUGGUGUGUGCCCGGCCGGGCGGCAUGUUAAGUGAUGCAUCAUCCUUUAUGCUGAUAUAGAAAUCAGAACGUUGUCAGAAUCAGCAUACAUACUGAGGUUAAUAAAAAUCUCUAUAAGUCCACCUGCCA